AGCCCUGGCCGCCCCGCCCCCUUUGCAGCUGCUGUUCGCGUCCCCACCCCGCUUGCUCGGCCCUUUCUGCACUGUCAUCUGCCCCGGGGAGGCUCAACUCCGGAGUGGGGCCGUCCGAAACGCUCCGGACCACAAGCCGGACUCCACCCAGCAGGCAGGGAAAGGAAACAGAUUGGGCAGAAUAUCGUGCCUCACCACCAGCCGCGGAGCUCGAAGGUCUUCCGCUGAAGAACCAUCCAGACUCUGCCGAGGUGAACUUAGAUCACUCCUGGGAGAAGUCAGUGUGUGGGAACGCCAGCCGCCGCCCCACCCCCCCCCACCCCCCGCCCCAUUUCUCUCCUCCUUGAUAUAGCCCAAACAUGGGCAACGUGCAGGAGCGGCCAUCGGAGACCAUUGACCGGGAACGGAAACGGCUGGUAGAUACGUUGCAGGCUGACUCUGGGCUGCUGCUGGACACGCUGGUGGCCCGGGGCGUGCUCACCGGGCCUGAGUAUGAAGCCUUGGAUGCGCUGCCUGAUGCAGAGCGCAGGGUGCGCCGCCUGCUGCUGUUGGUGCAGAGCAAAGGCGAGGCAGCCUGCCAGGAGCUCCUGCGCUGUGCCCAGCAUACUGUGCGUGUGCCCGACCCCGCCUGGGAUUGGCAGCACGUGGGGCCUGGCUACCGGGACCGCAGCUAUGACCCUCCAUGCUCAGGUCACUGGACGCCUGAGGCACCCAGUUCAGGGACCGUAUGUCCUGGGCUGCCCAGAGCUUCAGAGCAAGAGGAGAUUGGAGGUCCGGAGGGCUCUGAGGCAGUGCACUCUGGAACCCCAGAGGAGCCAGGACUAGAAGCUGAAGCCUCUGAAGGGGAUGAACCGAACCUGGAACAACAAACGGAACCGGAACCAGAGCCAGAGGUAGAACCAGAGCCAGAGGUAGAACCGGAGCCGGAACUGGAGCCGGAACCGGAGCCGGAGCUGGAGCCGGAGCCGGAGCCGGAGCCGGAGCCUGAGCCGGAGCCGGAGCCGGAGGAACCUGACUUCCAAGAAGAUGAGUCUGAAGAUUCCUGAAGGCCAGAAUCCUAACCUGUACAAAUCCUAUCCAAGCUGGAUAAGACCUAGGAACCUGCCAGAGCUUGACCCAAAUGCACCAAGACUCCAUUUACUGCAAAAUGAAUAAACUUGGGAGGGUUAGCCUGGACCUGA